AGGCUUCUCGUUUCAAUGAUUGAAAUUUGAAUGUACAAAGCUCGUCCAUAGCCCCAUGUUUAUUGCGAGCGCACAAGAACGUAAUGAUAGUGAAUAAUUAAGCCACAUCUCAAGAUAUGUACACAGUAUAUUACUUUUAAGAGUCUAGUAUCAAGACAGUGUAUUGGUCAACAUUCUCAGUCGUAACAAAAGUUGACUCGAAAAAUGUGAGCUACGAAGUGUUCUACCUCUUCUCGUUUGCCAGCGGUCACAUUUACAGUCUUCUUUUAUUGGCUGCCACACGAUUCAAAAUGUCGGGAUUCGCGAAGCGGUACAGUUUCAGAAGCGGCAAGGUUCACGACGAGUCCUGUAAGUCUUACAACAGCCGCCCGUUCGCCAUCGCCGCGUGCUGUGUUCUCUUUUGUCUCGGGAUUGGGCUGAUCAUCGGGUUUGAGGCAGGCAGGGGCGGUGUAGAGUCGAAACCGUGGCAACAGGUGCGACUACCGGAGACGUUGUUGCCCAUACACUAUGACGUAGAGCUGCAGGUAGACGUGACGGCCUUCACCGUGGUGGGUCAGGUGAACGUCACGCUCAGGUGUGCCACGCCCACCAGGUACGUCAUCCUACACGCCGCUGAGCUGGACGUCGUUAGCGGAGACGGCACGCCAGGUGUCACGAGCAACGAUGGCGUCACCGUCCCGAGAAUAACCUCCUGGUUUCUGUAUACAGAAAACCAGUACCUGGUGUUGGAGCUAGACAAGGAGCUGACAAAGGGAGUGGUCUAUACCGUCAGCAUCAACUUCAGAGGGACGCUGAGAGAUGGACUGAUCGGGUUUUACCGAUCUUCUUAUGUCAACAAUGACGGCCAAACACGAUACCUGGCCACGACCCACAUGCAGCCGAUGGGAGCCCGCCUGGCGUUCCCGUGUUUUGACGAGCCGGCCUUCAAGGCCACGUUCACGGUGACCCUGGUACACCGGGACGGCUACACGGCUCUCGCCAACAUGCCACUGGAAAACAACGUAACCAGAAACGAUGGAUGGAUCGCGGACCGGUUCCAGAGGUCCGUACGAAUGCCCACCUACCUGCUGGCGUUUGUGGUGUCCGACUACACCUCGGUCGGUACAGUCUCAUCUUCAGGAUUGGAGACCAGAAUCUGGGCCCGCCCGGAGUACAUAUCGGCAGGGAUGGGAGACUACGCUCUGGACGUCGCCGAUAAGAUCGUGGCGUACUACGAGGAAUACUUUGACGUACCAUUUCCUCUUCCGAAGAUUGAUCAUAUUUCCAUCCCGGACUAUUCCAUUGGCGCUAUGGAGAAUUGGGGCCUGAUCACGUACGCCGAGUCACUACUGCUGUACGACACAUCCAGAAAGAGGAUGCAGGAACAGUAUCCAGGAACUGCAAGGAUAGUAGCACAUGAGCUGGCUCAUAUGUGGUUCGGUAACUUGGUGACCAUGGAAUGGUGGGACGGCACGUGGCUAAACGAAGGCUUUGCCAGUUAUGUGGAGUACCUCGGGUACGGCUACGUGGAGCCUGACGUCAACGUGAUGGAGCAGUUUGCCUACUACAGAUGUCAGGGUGUGCUGGAGGACGACUCUCUGACGUCAUCACGUCCUAUCUUUCAACCUGUCAAUCACCCUGACGAGAGUAGAGAGAUAUUUGACAGCAUCACUUACAGCAAGGGAGCAUCCAUUCUGAGAAUGCUGGGAAACUUUGUUGGGGAAAACACCUUUAGAAAGGGCUUGAAGUCCUACCUGGAAAGGAACGCCUACAGCAACGCGGUACAGGACGAACUAUGGGAAGAGAUAACUCUGGCGGCCAGAGAGGACGGACAGACUGACCUAGACGUCAAGACUGUGAUGGACACCUGGACACUACAGAUGGGAUAUCCUGUGGUCAACUUGACCAGAGACUACGGGCGUGGCACUGCCCAGGCCACUCAGCAACACUUUCUACUGGACCCUACUGCCACUGUCAGCGCACCGUCUGAUUUUGGGUACAGAUGGCACAUUCCACUGACGUACACAACAAGAGGGGGCUCAUUUGAUGAACCAGAUCAAGUCUGGAUGCGACCAGAUCAAGGUACUAGUACAGUCAACUUGGGCGGUGCAGGUAGCGAUGACUGGGUACUGGCUAACAUCCACCGAGUCGGGUACUACAGAGUCAACUACGACCCGACCAACUGGCGCCUGCUCAUAGACCAUCUCAACAGCAGCCUCUAUGAAGAAAUUCCCCCGGACAACAGAGGAACACUCAUUGAUGAUGCGUUCAACUUAGGACGGGCCAGCCAACUGGACCUGUCCAUAGCUCUGGACCUGACGCGAUAUUUGGUGCGAGAGCGGCACUUCGUACCGUGGAGUAUGGCCAAGGCAGCCAUGAACUAUGUGGAAACUGUCUUCGGUUCUGUCAGCGAUAUAUACAACAACUGGCAGGCCUACAUGGUGCAACUGAUAAGCCCUUUCUACAACGAGGUCGGAUGGACUCUUCAACAAAGUGACUAUAACACCGAGGUAGGACAAGUACUGGCCAUAUCCACCGCCUGUACCUACGGGCAGACGGGAUGUGUAAACAACGCAACAGCGCUAUUUCAGCGGUGGAUGGACACAAACAACAACAGUCACAUCCCGGAAACCUUCAAGUCCACGGUGUACUGCACUGCCAUACGGUACGGGGGUAGUCGGGAGUGGGACUUCGCCUGGCAGCGGUACCUGGAAGCCGAACCGUCGGAGCAAAACCUCCUCCUGUCCGCCAUGGCCUGUAGCCGCGACACGGUCAUUCUCAGCAGAUAUCUUGAGAGAAGCAAAGACGCAGCUCUAGUCCGCAGGCAGUCCGCUCCUGACGUCAUCAGCUACGUAGGCGGAAGUGACGUAGGCAAGACUCUGGCCUGGAACUUCCUUGUCGACAACUGGGACUUCUACAUGGAGAACUAUGACGAAACACAGUUCACCAUGGCUAGCAUUGUCUCAUCUGUCACCAAGCAGUUCAGUGCUCAAGAGGACCUUGACAACCUGGAACAGUUUCUGAAAGACCACCCAAAUCAGGGAACAGCCACUCGAGCCUUUUCUCAAGCAGUGGAUAACACCGGGGCAAACCUGAGGUUCCGUCGGGAUAACGAGAGCAAGAUACGCGCGUGGCUGCCGGGACGGAGUCGGGGAAACUAGAUCACGAGUUUUAUCAGACUCUUCGUUGCUUUUUGCUUUUGACGAUGCUAUUUUGUCAAUAGUUUGCAUUAAAGAAUAGGUUGUGGCAUAUUUUUGUUUAGUGAGGGAAACACUGUUUAUUGUUACGUCACCUUGUCUUAAAAAGGUAAAUAUCAAAAGUAAAAGUCUGCGGAUAGGAAUUAUUUUUCAUUUGCUGUGAUGCUUGUACCUUUUAUAUCCGUAUAGAUAAUGUAUACUCCUCAAACGCGUUGAAACGCGAGCUGAUAAAUGUUUUGACAGAUUCGUAUUCAAUUCACUUCUUUGUCUGUUAUUAACAAUUGCGACAGCUUACUAGACAUAUCAAGAUAUAGCAGGUGCAGGCGUACGUGGAUAAUUGUUGUCACACAUUUCUGAUGUCAGCACACAACAGAGCUUUGUUCUCAAUGCCUGCUUAAAAGCAUUGUGGUUAAAGCUGCCGCAAGAAUCAAGGCAAACACCAUUAAGCAAACAAUAGGUAACUGUUUUCGACACACUAGCUAGCUACGUAGCCUUCAUGGCUUUAUGUUUUUACAGCCUGUAAUGUACUCCACAUGAUACAAUAUUAAUAUGCAGAUCAUGUUACAGAUAAAAGAAGUUUUAUGGGGUAUUGAGAGCCAUCACCCCCUGUCAUAUCUGACGUAAAGAAUUUGGUGUGUAAAAAACUAAAACUGUGAAACAGUAUUUAUUGUUUAUUUUAGAGGUCGUGAAUUGUGUGUGCUUCUGAACGCAAAAGAACGCAAUAAAUACCAUACAAUACGUU